AUGGGUCAACCAAUACUACCAUUGGGUGCUCCGCGUAGACAUCAUCGAGAGGUAGUACGGGGUAUUGAAGCUCACUUUAGACCAGUUAUCACUAAUAAUCCUUCUCCGGUAGUGAUUCCUCAUCACCCGGAUGGGAGGACUUUUGAGGUUACAACAACCGCACUCCAAAGUUUGCCAAAGUUCAAGGGGUUAGCAACGGAAGAACCUUACUUUCAUUUGGAAACAUACGACUCCAUUUGCAACACUAUUGGAAGUCAAGGUUUUUCGUUGGACGAUGUCAAGUUGGUUCUAUUUCAAUUCUCUUUGGAAGAUAAAGCAAAGAGAUGGUUUCAUACUUUCCCUUCCGCGUCAAUUUAUACAUGGGCCGACAUGCAACAAAUUUUCUUGGAAGAGUUCUACACUUCUCAAAAGACAAAUGAUGCAAGGAGAAGUUUAAGGAGCUUUCAACAACAGGGGGAGAUGUUUCAUGAAGCUUUUGAAAGGUUCAACAUGAUGUUGAAAAAUUGCCCUCACCACGGUAUACAACUUUGGGAGUUGUUAAACGCGUUUCACGAAGGGUUGAGUUCGGAGGAUGCUCGUGACUUAAUGUCAAUCACUAACGGUACUUUUGGUACAAAUUUUGAGCAUGAUGAUUGGCAAUUUUUGGAGCAAAUGGCUGUUACUUCAAAAAGAAAGGCUCAAUCUUCGAGACGGGCAAGACAUGUGAUAGCAAGGCCACAAGUGCAUGGGGUAGAGAAUGUAGGUGUGCAAGCCACGAAUCAAGUGUACAAUGUGUGCACUAAUUGCAAUGAGAUAGGCCACGCGGAGGAAGUAUGUUUGGUAGGAGUGGUUGAGGAGCAAGUGGAAGAGGUGAAUGCUAUUCAAGGGGGUGGUCGAAACUUUAACAUGAAUUCGAACACAUACCACCCCGGGUUACGAAACCACCCGAAUUUUAGAUAUGGGAACCCAUCAAAUCAACUUAACCUGAACUUUCAAGGAAACCAAGGAAAUUAUGCUCCUCACCAACAAUUUAAUAAUCAAGGUUUCCAAAGGCAAUUCCAACAACCAGCGAUGCAAAUGGAGAUGCAACGAAGAAAUCAGCUGGAUGAGGUUCGUAUGCAAAAAGAUGAAAUCCGUGACAAAGCUAUUCAAUCGUUGACCACUCAAAUGGGUCAACUUGCGAGUGAAGUGGCGAUACUGAAGAAAGCAAAAGGCCAGCUACCGAGUGACACGGUGACAAAUCCCAAGAACAUAAAAAGCGUUAAUAUCAAUGUGGUAAGCACCGUUCCUAGUACCGAAUUUAAUGAAAAAUUUCUAACCUCUUCGUGUCAAAUAAAUACAGGUAUAGGGAAGGACACCGAUGGUGAGAAUGAUAAAGAACAUGGAGCACCAAUCGUGCCUAUCCGAGUGGGGAAACUAAAAAUUCCUCAUGCAUUAUUGGAUUAUGGGGCAAGCAUGAGUGUGUUACCAGGUUAUCUAUACGACAUGUAUGAUUUUGGUCCGCUUUAG